AUGUUUGUGUAUUUCAAGCUGUCAAAGUGAGAUUCGAUUUAUCUGUGCGGCGCUAGAAUUGUUAUGGAUGGUUUUUAAUAGUGAUGUUUCGUGCAGCGAUGGAUGUUUAAAAUUCUUGAAGAUUAAUCUAAACCUAAAUUGAAUCCUAACAAUUUUAUUUUGUUUAAAUCGGAGUGCAUUGUUUAAAAAAAAAACUAUUCUCGUAUUGGAUUUUAAUUGAUUACAUUGCAUCAGAAUUUAAGAAAAACCAACAACAUUGAUCGUGUCUGGGUCUGUUUGCAUUUCUCCUGGUAAGGUGUCUUCACCUGGAAACAAUUUUCCAUAUCAUCAUUAUUUGUUCUUACGAUGCUACGCCAAUGGGUAGUUCUGUAUACAUUCAUCCUCUCCAUUUUAUCAUUAAGUCAAUGUUUGGAAGAUGGGCCAAAUGUUUGUGCAAAACAGGAAACAUAUUUAACGACAGUUAGAGUUUCAUAUAAUAAACCAUAUCAAAUACGUUCAUUCACAUGGUGCUUAUCAUUCCCACCGAGAUGCUCACGAUAUAGGAUAGCAUAUACUACUGGUUAUAAAACAGAGCCUAAAACAAACACUAGAACAGUCAAUACUUGUUGUAAAGGAUUUGUAUUGACAGCUGAUGAAUCAAGAUGCAUACCUUAUUGCUCCAACCCAUGCAUCCAUGGUAUAUGUGUUGGACCAGAGGAGUGUGAGUGCCAACCAGGUUUUGGUGGCCCUAGUUGCAAUGUGUUGUAUCAUGCCUGCCCAACUGGUAAAUAUGGAGCUCAAUGUGAAAGAGAUUGUAUUUGUGAAAACAAAGCUUUGUGUGAUCCCGUCACUGGAACAUGUACUUGCAAGCCAGGUUGGCAAGGAUCAGAUUGCAGUCAACCUUGUGAUGAGAAUUAUUAUGGUUACCACUGUGAACAAGAGUGCCGCUGUGAAAAUGGUGCCUCUUGCAAUCCAAUAUCUGGUGCUUGCAUUUGUGCUGCCGGGUACAGAGGACCACUCUGUAUCGAUCCCUGCCCUGAAGGAACACAUGGUGAAUCCUGCUCCAAUAAAUGUGAUUGUCAAAAUGGUGGCACCUGUUCUCCCGUGACAGGUGACUGCUUUUGUCCUCCAGGCUGGACUGGAGCUGUGUGUGCCAAUCCUUGUUCUCCUGGUUAUUAUGGUAGAAAUUGUUCUGAGAAAUGUUCCUGCUACAAUGGAGCCUCGUGCAACCAUUUAACCGGAAAGUGUACCUGUUCAUCAGGAUAUCGUGGUGACCGAUGCCAAGACGAAUGCCCUAUUGGUACAUGGGGAUUGAAUUGUGUAAAUAAUUGUAGCUGUGAUAAUGGAGCUCAUUGUGAUCCAGUAGAUGGUACAUGUCUUUGUCUUGCUGGAUUUACUGGUGAACAUUGCGAAAGCAGAAUGUGUCCAUCUGAAUACUUUGGAUCACAUUGUGAUCAGAUUUGUCAAUGCAAGCAUGAUAAUACUGAAAUGUGCCACCCAUGGACUGGUCGCUGUAAGUGCUUACCUGGCUGGUCAGGAGAUUACUGCAACCGUCCAUGUCCCGCACUCACUUAUGGUAUUGGAUGUGAACAGUCAUGUGAUUGCUUGAAUGGUGCCCUCUGUGAUCCUAUUAAUGGAACUUGUAUUUGUGAGCCUGGUUAUAUUGGAAAGAAUUGUGAAGACAAAUGCCUUGUGGGAAAAUAUGGAAAGAAUUGUGCAAAUAAUUGUACCUGUGAGAAUGGAGCCGCAUGCACCCAUACUUCUGGCUAUUGUAAUUGCAAGCCUGGUUGGAAUGGUAUCAGUUGUAAUCUUCCGUGUCCUCUCGGAAUGUAUGGCUUACAAUGCCAAAGUAAAUGUCAAUGUCAGAACGGAGGAGCUUGUGAUCCCGUUACUGGGGAAUGUAGUUGCACUGCUGGCUACUCUGGAGAAAAUUGUGGGCAGAAAUGCAAGCACAGCACAUAUGGGAUCAAUUGCACUCAAACUUGUGAUUGUGACUGGGCUCAUGCAGAUAGUUGUGAUCAUGUGACUGGAAAAUGCCAUUGUCAAGAAGGGUGGAAAGGUAUAAGAUGUAACAGUCAAUGCGACAGAGGCCAAUGGGGAUCCGACUGUUCAAAUUUCUGUGACUGUAAAAAUAAUUCCUCCUGUGAUAUAACUACUGGUCUUUGCAGUUGUGAAAGAGGCUGGACUGGUAACAACUGUGAUCAAAUGUGUUCCCAUGGUUACUAUGGGUAUAAUUGUUCUGAAAAGUGUCCUACGUGCUCGAACAGUAAUGGCACUUGUCACCAUAUAACAGGCCAGUGUCACUGUAAUCCUGGUUUUACUGGACUUAGCUGCAGUGAAACAUGCCCUACUGGUCAUUAUGGUCCUCAGUGUCAAUUACUGUGCAAAUGCAAAAAUUACGGAGAGUGUAAUCCAGCCACUGGUGAAUGCUUGUGUCGAUCUGGGUGGAAAGGAGAUGACUGCAGCUUACCUUGUCCAAAUGGAACAUUUGGUAUUCUUUGUAAAGAAAAUUGCAGCUGCUUACGUGGCGGACACUGCAGAAGAAGUGAUGGUGUUUGUCUUUGUCCACCUGGAUGGAUGGGACCACGUUGCACUGAAGUAUGUCCUGAGGGUUAUUAUGGAGACCACUGCAUGCAACCUUGUGAAUGCAAAGGUGAAAAUUAUGUUUGUAAUCCAUCUUCCGGAUGUGUUUGCAAGUAUGGUUAUGGUGGCAAAGAUUGUGAGCUAAGAUUGAUGGGACAAAGUGUUCAGAAAAUGGAGGAUGACACUUCAUCGACGAGUGCAGGUGUUGUCGGAGGCGUUACAUUGGCCAUUGUCUUAUUGAUUGUCAUUGUCUUGUUAAUAUUGUAUUACAGGAGACGUCUAAAGAGACUAAAAGAUGAAUUAGCAUAUGUCACAUAUGCUGCUGAUCCUAAUCCAUCACCAGAUCGCAGGCAUUUUGAUAAUCCUGUUUAUGCAUACCAAGGAGUUCCAGCUGGAGGUUCUGCUCUCAAUAACACUAACACAAAGCAUAUUUAUAAUGAUUUAGGAAUGAAAAGUAAUUUAACAAAGGCCAAAUUAGGAGAAGAAGAUUUAGAUCAUUAUUCCUCUGCCGAAAAAGGUGCUUGUGGAGGAGAAUAUAGUGAAGUGUCGUGUUUAAAAUCUAAAGUAGAUUUAGAAUUUAAUCCAAAUAUUUACCACAGUAUUGAUGAUGUGAAGCCAAAUUUAUCUAAAAAGGAACCCUUUUACGAUGAAGUAAAAGACAAAAACUGUGAUGCUAAAGCUUGUGCAAGUGCUGAUGUAGACGUAUACGACCACUUGGAGUACAAUCGGCCAACCAACGACAUCAAACCGCAGUAUCAUCGGAUGGAGGACACGCUAAAAAAAGGUCAAAGUGCAAAGGACCUCUAACUCUGUCACUUUAUCAAAUACUUCCUUAGAUUUUCAGUGAGCUUAUAACACCCAUUUUUAAAUCUCAACAAAAAAAAAUCACUUGUGACGAUUGAGAAGGAGUGGAAAUGAUAGUUAUAGUACUGCUCUCUAGUUUUCAACUGAAUGAAUUGUUUUAGAUGUAGUUAUUGUGUUUUAUUCUGUAUAAUUUUUGACUUUUAAUGAUGGAUUUGUGAAUUGUUUUUAUCGAAAUCGGUGACACACAGCUCUUGGGGAUGCCAAUUACUACAGCAUUUCCGUAAUUUCUAUUGGUUUUAAAAAUAAAAAAGCAUUAAGUUUUGAAAACUCAAAGUGAAAUGUAACCCAAGUUAAACAUUUUAUUAUUUUUCUGUUACUUAUUUUCCAUAAAUAGUUUUAGCUCAAUUUAUUGAUUUGGAAAUGACUAUUUUCUGGUAUGAUUGCAUUUCCUGUAACUUAAUUUAAGUAAAUAAUUAAUAUCUAAACUUAUUAAUUUUGUUAAUGUAAGAAUUUGAUUACUAUUUUCACAUGUAAUUACAUAAUUUUCCUUGUUAUAUUUUUAAUAUUUUAUUACCUGUAAAUAGUUGAAACUUAUUAGUUUGGAAAUGUUAGGAUAAUAUUUUCUGCACAAGUUUAUACAUAAAUUUAUUUAUUUAGAAGUAUCAGAGUUUAUGAUGAUCAUUUUCUUGUAUGAGUACAUAAUUUUCCCUGUUAUUUUUUCAAUUAUUAUAAUUAUUUUUUCAAUUUAAAUAUUAAAUUUCAAUUAUUUAUUUCCUGUAAAUAGUUUUUACCAAAUCUUGGAUUAAUUUGGAAUUCUCAUGUGUUUAUCUUUACUAUUUUUCGACAUGAUUUACCCCUUCACUUUAGUACAAUAUUUAGUCAAAAUUAACAGAAAAAUAUAAAAUUAAUGAAUUUAUAUCUGAAAGUUUAAAACUUCACUAACAUUCGACUUCUUUUUUAAUGUGUUUAUCGCAAAUUGGUAGUAAACAAAAAAUUUUACUACACAAUUGAAUAAAGUAUUUGGCCUAACUGAGCCCAUUGUUAUUUAGGAGUUGUAAGUUAGGUGUCAGUUGUUAUUAGAAGUAUUUCUUUUAAAGAAGCUAUUCAAAGCUAGCAAUAAACCAUGUUUAUAGUUAGUUAGCCCAUGUUCUUACUUCUGGUAGAUUGAAAAAGGUGAAAUAAUCCAUAUUUUUCUGCUAACCUCUACAUGGAUCGUUAACAUUUUCCAGUUUUUAAAGUUCCUAUCACUUGUGUUCUACUAUAACAGCAAUAAUUUUAGUCUUAAUGCAUUUGACUUCUCUUUAAGCACGAUUUCAGCGCUUUAUGAGGCGUCCAUAAUAACGUGUUAAUUUAAGUAUUAAAUUUUAAUUGAAUUGUGGAAAAGUAUCUGCAGAAUGGCAUCCCAUAUAUGAAGUAUCCUUUAUGACUGUAAACAAUCAAACAUUACCACAAAGUUUAGAGGAUUUGAAAUAUAUCGCUAUGAAAAUGUUACGCCUUUUCAUCAGCAAUGCUUGCUAAUAACAGAGAGGAAUUAGAGUAGUUUAAUAAAUUUAUCGAGCAAAUAUUUCUAGGAAGUUUAGAUUGUUUGGAAUUUAGAUAUCACAAGCUAUAUAAAUAGUUGAAAUUGAGAGAAACAAAGUUUAGGGUAACUAUAUAUUACAUAAUCAAACAAGAAAUUGUAAAUAACUGUAUUUGCUUCCAGAAAUAUCUAUAUCAGAAGAUUGUAUUUUUUAUCUCUUUACUCAAAUUUUUAAAAGUUUGUAUGAUUUGUUUUAUUUACUGUACAGUUUGUGUUAAUAUACUGUUUGACAAGUUUAUAUAAUGAUUUGAAUACUAGUUAUAAAUAAUUUAGUAUUCUUGAAAUGAAAUAAUUUCCUGCUGUCAAUUUAAUUACUAUUCAGUGUAAUAAAAUUGACCUUCACUUUUAAUCCUUGACUUUUAUUCAAAAUCAGGUGAUGAUUAAAUAUUAAAAAUAAAAAAAAAACGCAUUGAUAUAAUCAGAAACACUGCCAAAAAUUCCAAAUAGGAGCAUUUAAGACGUAUAAGGCAUUUACCACUUAAAUUUUUCCUUUGUAAUAAAAAUUAAAUACUGAGUUAAUUAGUUUGUGAAACUAUCAAUUUUAUUUAAUCAAUAAUGUAGUGUAUGUGUUUAACAUUGGAUAUAAAAUUAGAUCUUUACAACGCAAACUUUGAAACACUGGGCAUUGCAUUUUAUAGAAUUUUUUGUUGUAAACAGUUUCAAUUAUUUUUACAUAUAUCUACUAAACAUGGCAAUAUUAGUCUCAGAUCUAACUUAAAAUGUUUUAAAUUGAUAAGUAUUUAUUGAUUACAGAAAGUAUUUACAGAAAAAAAAUGAAAUUUUCUAAAUAACUAGAAAAUUAAUCAAUUUUAAUUUGUUUAACUUUUAAAAUUGUAACCUCUUAGCAAAUAAUUGAACAAAUAAUGUAAAAAGUGAAUAGUCCUUUUUUAGUUACAGAAAUUUUUUUACUACGAUAAUCAUCGUUUACCCUGUAUAAAUUAAUUUAAUUUAUGGAGAAUCAUGAUUUAUGGAAUUGUGUUAUAUACGACUUCUACUGUAUUAUUGACGUUACAAUGCAUUACUGAAAUAUUAUUAUUAAUUUAAUUAGUUGAAUCACCAUUUAAAAUUCA